AUGUGCAAUACUGGAGAUCUACGACACAAUAAGAUAAGAGUCUUGUCAUGGGAGGUCUUCGAAAUGCUCAACAUAACUGAUCUCAAGGUGGACGGCAACCCGUUUAGUUGUAACUGCAGCUCAAUGUGGAUGCUCCUCCCGCAUCUUAACCAUGGAAUGAAGCGCGGCUCUCUCACGUGUGCGGAAGAGGACGGGACCGUCACACCGUUGACAGUGGCGCUUAGGAAUCAAUCCUGUGUUAUUCCAAACAUAACAUUAUCAUCAGACACCAUAUACGCCAACCAAUCUGCCAACGUGACCGUCAACUGUUCCGUCACGGGUUUACAAAUGCCGAUGGUAGCUUGGGACCAAGAUGGCUUCACAUCUGCCACCACUGUGACGUCAUCGCUGAACGGCACCGCGCAGACGAUCAACAUUUCUAACCUACAACUGGACGAUUUUGGGUAUCAUAAGUGUAAAGCUAAGAAUGCGGUUGGGAAAAGUGAGAAACUGCUGAGGAUAGUGAUAUUUUCAAGCGGUCUGGGCCAUCCAACCAUUCGUCCAACCAGCCCGAUCAAUGGAACAAUCGACCUCGAGAACAACCCGCCAUGGCACGUCCGGCAGUCUAUCCUACCCACCAGGCCAUCUGGCAUAUCAGGCCUAGAACCCACCGUACGCGGCGACACCAUCAACUCUACAGCAGGGACGUCAGUGCUACAGCCAGAUCUUGCCUAUGUACACACAGAUCGGAUAUCAGUCACUAUUGGGGCGGUAUGCGUGGGUGUGGUCCUAUUUUUGUUAGGCUUGGUUUGGGCCGUACGGAAGGCCAACAUGAAGUGCACCAAUAUGGAGAUGAACGAAUCUCAGCUAAGUUCCACUGGGUCCCGUCACCCCCUGACUCGGUAUUACUACGAGGAGACUGGCGCCCAAAAGAUUACGUCACAGGAGCUGCUGCCAUUUAACAGUCUCCAUGUUGUGGAGAAUCCUAAUUACACAAGAAAGGCUAAUUUGCGAAGCAAGUCGGAAGACAUACGUCACAUUGCUCGAGACAAAAUUUCUUACGUCCGUGACUUGGGGGAAGGAGCGUUUGGUUGGGUAUUCCUUGGGGUUUGGGAGGAGGACGAGGAGCCCAUGAUGGUCGCGGUAAAAACAUUGAAAGAGUCCGCCAUCGAUGACGCAAGGCGGAACUUUGAACGUGAAGCAGAAUUGCUCACGAACUUGUAUCAUGAAAAUAUCGUGACGUUCUACGGCGUGUGUACCCAGGGUGAGCCGCUAUUGAUGGUGUUUGAAUACAUGGAAAACGGGGAUCUUAAUAAUUACCUCAGAUCCCACGGGCCCGAUGCCGCUUUCUUAUGCCGGCGGGAACAACCAUUCAAACAACUAACUAUCCCCCAGCUACUGAGCAUAUCCCGGCAGAUCUCGGCGGGGGCGGAUUACCUGGCCUCACAGCGGUUUGUCCACAGGGACCUGGCCACCAGGAAUUGUCUGGUAGGCGAGGGGAUGGCGGUUAAGAUUGGAGACUUUGGGAUGUCUCGGGACCUCUACAGUACUGACUACUACAUGGUAGGAGGACAGGCCAUGCUCCCUGUACGGUGGAUGCCACCGGAAAGCGUGCUCUACCGGAAGUUUACAAUAGAAUCUGACGUGUGGAGUUUUGGCGUCGUUUUGUGGGAGGUGUUUACAUGCGGCAGGCAGCCCUGGUAUGAAUUAUCAAACCACGAGGUUAUCUCUCAUAUUCAAAACGGGGAUCUUUUAGAUUCUCCGAAGAACUGCCCUGAAGAAGUGUACAAAAUCAUGUUAGGAUGCUGGAAGAUUGCACCGCAGGAGCGACUGACAAUGAGGGAAAUUUAUGAACGACUUGUGUUAUUGCAUGAGACAGCACAGGAGAUUGAUACGUGUGCGUUUUUAGAUAUUUGAAUACAACACGACACGUAUUCCGAAAGGAUAUUAUAUCUGUUAUUUCAUCUACAUGAAGUGAUUGUGUCGUUGAUAUGUGCAGUAUUACUUGACCAUAAGUGGCUUUGAUGGAAUCUGACACUGAUCACUUCAUACUGAAAUACAUUUAAUAACU